CCUGUACAGGCGCCUGGCAGUAACUGCUGCACCGUUUAAGGUGGAACGGAACAUUCGAUUAAGAAGAAAGAAAGGGUGGUUCCGGAAGGACGCUAUCAGUCAGCACCAUGGGAAAGGAUUAUUACAAGAUCCUGGGCAUUCAGUCUGGCGCCAAUGAGGACGAGAUCAAAAAGGCCUACAGGAGGAUGGCUCUCAAAUUCCAUCCAGAUAAAAACAAGGAUCCUAAUGCUGAGGAAAAGUUCAAAGAGAUAGCAGAGGCAUAUGAAGUCCUGAGUGAUCCAAAGAAGAGGGUCAUAUAUGACCAGUAUGGAGAAGAUGGACUCAAAACUGGGGGAUCUGGCUCAUCAAGUGGACAGGGGACUACAUAUCACUACACCUUCCAUGGAGACCCACAUGCCACUUUUGCCUCUUUCUUUGGAGGUUCUAACCCCUUUGAUAUUUUUUUCGGCUCUGGACGUCACAGGGGAAGCAGCAACGGCUUUGCAGACCAUGGGGAUCAUGACAUGGACAUUGACAUGGAUGGAGAUGAUGACCCUUUCAGCUCCUUCAGCCACUUUGGCUUCAAUGGCAUCAAUGGUUUUCAUCAUGGCAGACGGCACCGCAACGAGCCUUUGCACAGUGGCAGAAGGAAGGUCCAGGACCCUCCUGUGGUGCACGAGCUGCGUGUGUCUCUUGAGGAGAUCUACCAUGGAUGUACCAAACGCAUGCGCAUCACUCGCCGCCGACUCAACCCAGAUGGAAGGACAAUGCGGACAGAAGACAAGAUCCUUAAUAUUGUCAUCAAGAGAGGCUGGAAAGAAGGGACCAAGAUCACCUUCCCCAAGGAGGGUGACGAGACGCCUGAGAACAUUCCAGCUGACAUCGCAUUCGUGCUCAAAGACAAGGGGCACCCGCACUUCAAGAGGGAUGGCUCCAACAUCAUAUACACUGCCAAAAUCAGUCUUAAGGAGGCUCUGUGUGGUUGCACAGUGAACAUUCCUACUAUGGAGAACCGAGUGAUCUCGCUGCCCUGCAAUGACAUCAUCAAACCAGGCACCAUCAAAAGACUUAGGGGUGAGGGCUUGCCUUUCCCCAAGAAUCCUUCCCAACGCGGGGACAUGAUAGUGGAAUUCCAGGUGCGCUUUCCUGACCGGAUACCUCCUCAGUCCAAAGAGAUCAUCAAGCAGCACUUACCCCAGUCUUAAAGGAAUUUCGUUGGAUCUUUUCACAAACACUAAUGCAGAGGAACGCAGAAUGUCCAGGACUGUUUUAAUUUAUUUUUUUCCCUUUUGUAAGCAGGUGGAAUUUUUUUUUGGGGAAUUUCAAAGCAGUUUGAUACCCUGAAACCCAAGGCUUUCAUCUGGGAUUUUCAUUUUUAGGAAUAGCCCAAGCUUUCUUUUUCAUUUCCCCCCCCAAGUAUUUUUUUCUUAAGGAUGACUUGCUUGAAGGCAAAAGGGAAAUAAUACAAGAAGAGGAAUCAAACUACUAGAAGAAUUCCUCCUUAAUAUUAAAUGACAGCUUCACAUGGAUGCUAUGCUGAUUUUAAAGACAGUAUUGCUUAUUUAUUGCACCAUUUUCAUGUGUCCCCCUAUUUAAAACCAUGUGAACAUGCUCAAAUUAGAAUUUUGAAUAAAGCAGAACUUAGGAUAUGCCUUUGGGUCCUUUAGAGUGAUGGGCUGCCAUAGCACCAGCAAGUUGGAUAGUAAUCAUUUGAUACAUUUGUAUGCUCAGACCCAACCCAGCAGUCUAAAGGUGCUUUGUUCUCUGUGACCAGAUUAUUAGGUGCUGUCAUUUAUUACAUGUCUUUACUGACGUGUUUACCACAUUUGCUAAUCACAGAAUCUUUGAGUGCCUUAACAUGGCUCAAACUAACGGUUCUUUUUUCACCAGAUUUUAGUGUACUGUUACAACAGUUGUUGUAAUCAAAGGACUGUAGUAUUUUCACCUCAACAAAGGCCUAUUAUGGUACUGUAUGCUCCACUGAAUAAGCAAAAAUUGUUGCAAAGAUUACGUCAGUGCAGUUUCAGCAUGCUUCUGCAUUAACUACCCCAUCUCUGCUCCCCACGUAGUUCAAGGGGAGCACCUAUUUCCCAAAUUAUGUUUGUCAUGUCCAGUAGUGUAUUUGUUCAUAUUCAGAUGCCCUACGAGAGGGGUUUCUGAUCAUGUACUGUAAUUGGGAGGAAGUUUUGACAUUGAUGUUCUGCAUUGGCUGCAAUUAGACCAGUGGUCACUAACCUUCAUUCUGGAGAUCUACUUUCUUGCAGAGUUUAAUUCCAGUCUGCAUCUAGACUCAGCCUCAGACAUUCCGUGUACAUGUUAUAUAUAGUAAGUUAAGCUGGCCAUAACUAUCUGUUUUUUUCAGUUGCAUUCUGAUUGGCUGUCUGCAUGUCAGUGUGCGUACACAAGAGCCUUUUAGAGAUAUAGCCACUGGCAGUUCAUGGAAGCACAUUUUUAAAAGUUAUUUGAGAGUUAUGUUUGGAGCUCUUAAGCAAGAUAUCUUUGCGUGUUUACUGAUACUUAUACCCAUUUGUUUCCUCACAGAUGUGUUUUUGUUGCAGACCAGUUUUGCCAAGUCACACAAAAACAAUACUGUGGUUGAUUAUUUUGCAUGUCAGUCUAACAAUGGUUCUUGGCCAUGCUAAGCUAUGAAGUGCACCAUACUCACUGGCUUUGUUCAAGAUGGGACACUGUGAACUGUGUACUGCAGAUGGCACCAGUAUAUUCUGCAUACUGCUGGCUACUCCUCAUAUGCAGUAUAUGUGGUAUGUGGUAUGCAGCAUAGUAUCCAGUAUACCCCAUUUACCAUUUGGUACCAUGUGCCUAGUCUCACAAGCCAGACUUCUGCCUACUUUUCACCACAUAACGUGGCCAAGAACUGCCUGCUUUGUCAAAAGAGGUUGUUUGAAUGCCAUGCCAAGCUACCAAUCACAGCCCGCUUUUUUGACACAUUGUGUAGAGGGUGACAAGUGUGAUAUAUGUCUUGCUCUGAAAAGCUUGAUUUUUGUCAGGUAGUCCACUGAAGUAUGAACUAUUGCUGAUUAGAAUUUAGCUGGUAAAACUUUGUUUCAUGUCUGAAUGCUUAUGCACGGAUGUGCGGAUAGAAAAUCAGAAUGCAACUGGCAAAAUCCAUUAGUUAAGGCCAGCUUUGUGUGCAAAAGAUAAACACUUCGUUACCAUGUGGGCUAAAACCACCAUAUACUUUACUACAGUGUGUGACUAAACUCUACCAACAUUUAGAGGCUGAGACGAUCAGAGCGAACAUAAUAUCUGCCUCCUUUUCUUAGCCAUCUAAUCACUGUUGCUUUUCUGCAUUGCAGGGUUGGUCAUUUCUGAUCUUGGAAGGCCAGUGUCCAGGAUGGUUUGAUGAUGCUUUCUCAGACAUAUCUAUUAAAGAUGGAAAAUAACAGAUUAGUUACAUCAAGUAUGUUUGAUCAGAUUAAUCACCUGGACACCAGCCCUACAGGACAGGAGUUGAACAUUCCUGCAUUAUGGGAUGCACUAUAUCAUGAAGAUACCAGAGUAGUACACCAUCCAGGUAUCUUUGUUGUACUGGAUAUACUCCUUCCAGUCACAUACUUCAUUUUGGUCACAUACUCCAUACCCAAAAAACUAGUGCUUUUGGGCACGGUCAGUAUGUGAGCAGGCCUUUUCAAACAUAGCCUGUGACUUCAUGCAGAAGUCUGCCUUGUGAGACUAACCUGUAUCUAGCAUGCUGUUUCCCCUCCUUUCUUGACACUAAUGCAUCUGAUUUAACCAAUCAAGGACUUUAAUUAAAUUAAUUCGCUGGAGCAGGUGUGGCAGAUGGUGGUUGGUACUAGACUCUGCAGUAAGUUAGAUCUCCAGGACCAGAGCUGGUCACCACUGCAUUAGAAUAUAUUUAGGAAUUGCUUCAAUAUUCCUUUAUCAGUGUUAAUUUUUUUUUUUAAAUGGAGGCUUAUUAAAAUGCUCCAGAGCAGGAGUUUUAUUUAAAGUAUAUCCUCAACAUGGACUUUAUCAGACAAUCAUGCAUCUUUGUCAUAUUGGGUUGAAGAGAGAUUUGAAUGUCAACAUAUAGCAGUGUAUAUAGUCAACAUAUAGCAGUGAAAUUUACCUUCAUUAGGAUUCAUUUUAGCUAUAUAUAAAGGCUUGUCUGAAACUUGUCUAAGCACUUUUAGAGUGUCUAUUUCAGAAAACUGUGAAGUCAGAAGAUGAAGGUUAGAGUAAGUUGUAAACAUGUAUCGCUCUACAUGUGUUAAAUGCGCACAGUGGUUCGAAUAUACCAGUGUUCGUUGCAAAACGGCCAUGCACAAGAGGAAAGAGAUGUGUCAGAGACAUUUCUACUUUUUAGUUUUAGUAUGACUGUUGAUACACGACAUUUUACGGUUUUAGAUGUGCAAAGUCUAUAUUAAUUAGCUACAGCUUUGAGUUUAAACAAAACAAAGAUUUAUAUACAUUUGUAUCCCUUGCAAAGGAUUUAUGAGAUAUCGCCUUUUUUGCAAUAUAGACUGCAUUUGAGUGGAAGUUUUUUCUAUGGACAAUCAAGCUCGAGCCCACAUUUCCAACCUUUUAGGUUGUCUCUAAUACAAUCAGAAUUUAUCCUCAGCACAUGUAAUAUCAGAUAUGUGCCCACACAGUUGCGCCUGUCUAAACCGGAGCAUGAACGCAAAGCCUGUUUGUUGCCCCAGAACGCUGCCUCAUAUGGGUUUGGCGCUAGGAUUCCUGUUAAUUUUGUAUCAUUUUUACACAUUAUUUAUGUGUUCCGCAAUAUAAUGUGAUCAUUUGGGAUGCUGAACCUUCUGAUACUUGGUUUUGGUUCUUGUGUCUCAGAUCAAAAGUCUUUGGAUAUGUCAAUUUUUGUAAUAUCACCUUUGAGCUCGUAUUGAGAUAAAUCCAGCUUUGUAACUGGGUUAAAAAAUGUGUGGAAUUUGCUAAGCAAGUGAUGUUCAGUAGGGAUGAAGCAGUGUGUCAGUUCACUGUGAUUUCAGUGUUGAGGCCUUUUGGACUAGUGCUUUGGCGGGGCUAAAGCUUGUUCUGAAUGUGUUGGUUUUUUUUUUCAUUUUUAGUAAUUAGGCUAUAUUAUGACCCUUUUUGGUGUUAAGGAAAAUUGUUUUACAAAGACAAGAAAUAAACCAAAAAUCUUC